CAAUUUGCCUACUUAAACACGCAUUUGGUAAUUUUUCCAGUGUGCAGAAAUGGCUGGUGUUGCAGAAGUAGAUGAUGGAAGCAGCCAUUGUCGCCGAGUCGAUGAAAGAGGUAAUUUACUGGUGGCAGCACCGCGCACGGCUGAGGGAGGAGAAACCCUCCGCCGCCCUCGUGGCAGGCCAGCCGGAUCCAAGAAUAAACCCAAGCCGCCAAUUAUCAUCACCAGGGAAAGUGCUAAUGCACUAAGAGCACAUGCAAUAGAAGUAAACUCGGGCUGCGAUAUUAAUGAAACCUUAAUUAACUUUUCCCGGCGGAAACAGCGCGGUCUAUGCGUACUCAACGCGACAGGCUGCGCCACCAAUAUCACCAUCCGUCAACCGGCUUCAUCAGGAUCAGUCAUUACUCUCCAUGGCCGGUACAAUAUUCUCUCGUUGCUCGGGUCUAUUCUGCCACCACCAGCACCGUCGGAAGUGGCGGCCGGCCUUACGGUGUACCUUGCUGGGGCUCAAGGGCAAGUUGUGGGAGGGAGUGUGGUUGGUGCACUCAUUGCUUCAGGACCUGUAGUUAUUGUGGCUGCAACUUUUAUGAAUGCAAAUUUUUAUCACUUGCCAUUAGAGGAUGAUGAAAUUGUUGCCACUGCAGAGGCCCCCAAUCAUAACCAGCAGUACGAAAACAACCGGUGGCGCCACCGGAUUGAUGUCUCAGAAAUAUAUGGGAUGCAACAAAACAAAUGGCAGUGUACCCUCUGAGACUUUAGAUUAACAGCUCCUAAUUUCAAAGUUUCCACUUUACAAUGUCAAGAAAAUUUAAAAGUACUGAAUGUUUAGAAAACUUUUAUAUUUA